ACGUUUCACACAAAAACGAAAGCUAAUGUCAAGCAAAAAAAGGCGCGACAUGGCGAAUAUAAAACUCAUUCAAUCAGAACUUUACAAAAUGAAGAUGCAAAUUCGCUGUUGAACAAAGAUUGCACGGCAUCUUCAGAAACCAGCAGAAUGUUCAAGUCGUAUUGCUUCCAGUUGCAGGCUGUUGGGGCUAAUGUUACGCGUACGAGCUCUGUGUUACGCCCAAAUUCAUCAAAGAAAUGCAGGUUCUCUUCAAUGAUAGUUAUAAGGGCAUUAGGCAAUAAACAGGGUGCAUAUGACAGAAUUUGGAAUCUGGAUAAUCGGCAAUGCUUUUUCCAUUUAGGUGAUGGAAGUGACUUACAAAGAAUAAAUUUGAUUGCAAAGAAAGGGCUUAAACCAGUCAAUAGAUCACUAGUGCCCUUCAAGCUACGGCAAUCCCUGUUUUCAUCAUCUGCUCUUGACAAGAAACAAUUGGGUGCAGAGAGUGCACAAGAGACAAGUAAACAACCUAGCCUCUCUACAGAAGAACCUCGCCAGAAUAACGGGGCAUGGAAAGAAGAAGAAUAUCCCUCAGGUGAGUUUGAAUACGAGAAGAUUGAAGGAUGGAACAGCUUUCUUGUAAAACUGAAGAUGUUGAUUGCAUUGCCAUGGGAACGGGUUAAGAAAGGGAGCGUGUUGAACAUCAAGCUUCGAGGCCAGAUUUUGGAUCAGCUGCAAGAUCGUUUUUCAUCAAGUUUAUCAUUACCAAAAAUCUGUGAGAAUUUUAUAAAAGCAGCUCACGAUCCUCGCAUUGCUGGUAUUUAUCUUCAUAUUGAACCAUUGAGCUGUGGGUGGGGUAAAAUUGAUGAAAUUCGUCGACACAUUCUUGACUACAGGAAGUCAGGUAAGUUUGUUGUAUGUUACAUCCCAGUUUGUGGUGAAAAGGAGUAUUAUCUUGCUUGUGCAUGUGGAGAGUUAUAUGUUCCACCUGGGGCAUACAUUACAUUAUAUGGCUUGAAGGUUCAAGCAGCAUUUCUUGGUGGAGUUUUUGAGAAAAUAGGUGUACAGCCUCAAGUUCAACGUAUAGGAAAGUACAAAAGUACAGGUGAUCUGUUGUCUCGGAAGAACAUGUCAAAGGAGAAUUGUGAGAUGUUGACAGCUAUACUGGAUGAUAUAUAUGAGAACUGGGUAGAAAAAAUAUCAUUUGCCCAAGGUAAAACAAAGGAAGAUAUAGAGAAUCUUCUUAGCGAAGGUAUUUAUAAGGUGGAAAGGCUAAAGGAAGAAGGCUUGAUUGAUGAUAUAAAGUAUGAUGAUGAGGUGACAAAAAUGUUAAAGGAGCGAUUAGGCCAAAAGCCAGAGGAACAACUUCAACUUGUUGACUAUAAGAAGUAUUCAAGGGUCAGAAAGUGGACACUUGGAUUAUCUGGGGGCAGAGAUCAGAUUGCAAUUAUUAGGUCUUCAGGAAGCAUAAGUCGUAUACGUGGUCGUUUCAGUGGCUCAAGGAGUGGCAUUGUUAGUGAACAAUUUAUUGAGAAGAUUCGGCAAGUACGAGCGUCAAAGAGAUACAAGGCUGUAAUUUUGCGUAUUGACAGCCCUGGUGGUGAUGCUCUUGCAUCAGAUUUAAUGUGGAGAGAGAUCAAGUUAUUAGCCGCUUCAAAACCUGUGAUUGCAUCCAUGUCUGAUGUAGCUGCAAGUGGGGGUUAUUACAUGGCAAUGGCAGCAGGAGUAAUUCUUUCUGAAAAUCUUACUUUGACUGGUUCCAUUGGGGUUGUCACAGGAAAAUUCAGCUUGAGCAAGUUGUAUGAAAGGAUCGGCUUCAGUAAGGAGAUAAUUUCAAGAGGCAGAUUUGCAGAGUUGGAUGUUGAGCAACGGCCAUUUAGGCCGGAUGAAGAGGAGCUGUUUGCAAAAUCAGCACAAAAUGCAUACAAGCAAUUUCGAGACAAAGCAGCUUUCUCGAGAGAAAUGAGCGUUGAAAUGAUGGAGGAUGUGGCUCAAGGUAGAGUAUGGUCAGGCAAAGCUGCAGUAAAUCAUGGUCUUGUGGAUGCAAUUGGAGGGUUUUCCAGAGCUGUUGCUAUUGCAAAACAAAAGGCCGGUAUACCACUUGAUAAGAAGGUUUCUUUGGUGGAGCUGUCUAGAGGUUCGACAUCUCUACUUGAAUUUAUCACUGGGGGUGCACAAGCACUAAUGGGUCUUCCAUCAUCUCUAAGAUUGGAUGAAAGUAUUCAAGAGUUUUUUGAAGAUCUUUCUCCAUCAGGAGUGCAAGCUAGAAUGGAGGGUAUUAUUUUUCAGGGUCUUGGAGAGCAUCAAGAUGGGCAGGCGUUCAUCAAGCUAAUAAAGGAUUAUCUCAGCUCUUUUUAACUACCAAUAACUUGCGUAUCGCUAUUUUGUAUAGAAACACUAAUAACGAAAUUAUUGAAACUAAUAAAAUUAAACCAUUGUGCAGAAAAUAAUAAAAUGUAUAUUUUUUAGGGUUCA